ACGUGAUUUUAGCUGCCAGGAAAUCUGGUCGGGAGUGGAAGUUUGAUCAAUAGUAAUCCAGGUUUAAAGGAUCAUCAUUAUGAUGUCUGGAUCAAAGGACCCAAAUUUGCUCACUAAUACCAUCAGCUCCAACAUACAGAACAUAACCCAGCAGACAUCUGAAAUCCAGAGGAUAGUGACUCAACUGGGAACAGAUAAAGACACACCAGAUCUCCGACAGAGACUGCAGCAGAAACAACAGUAUGUGAAUCAACUCGCGAAGGAAACUGAUAAAUAUCUGAAAGACUUCAGCUCUCUUCCUCUCACCUCUGAUCAGAGACAGAGGAAAAUCCAGCGAGAACGACUGGUCAAUGAUUUCUCCAACUCACUGUCCAGUUUCCAAAAGAUCCAGAGACAAGCAGCACAAAAAGAGAAAGAGUUUGUGGCCAGAGUCCGAGCUGGUUCCAGAGUUUCGGGCGGCUUUCCUGAUGAUGCAUUUGGUGGAAAACCUUCAGCUAUCGAGAGUGAUUAUCAGACACAAAGUUAUGAAGCUGGAAUUACCGAGGAGGAUUUAUAUCUCAUCCAAGAAAGAGAAACAUCAAUCAGACAGCUCGAGUCAGAUAUCACGGACAUCAAUGAAAUCUUCAAAGAUCUGGCAGUGAUGGUGCAUGAACAAGGAGACAUGAUCGACAGCAUCGAGGCGAACGUUGAAAAUGCCGAAGUUCACGUCCAGAAUGCAACACAGCAGCUCUCCAGCGCCGCCUCAUACCAGCAAAAAUCUCGUAAGAAGCUCUGCAUCCUGAUGGUGAUCCUGGCCGUGCUGAUCGUGGUCGUGGCUUUGAUUAUCUGGGGUUCUCUUAAAAAAUAAAGCUUGUGACCUCGUGACCUGAACCGGCAGAGGUGAAGCAGCCAAACACUCAAAGCUGCACUACAAACCCCAAUCAGUCCAAAUACAAUAUUGGAUAGAGUUUUUCCUGUGAUGUUGAAGGUUGGUGUGAGUAAAAACUCCAAUCAGACGUAAGAUAACAUUUAUAAUCAGACAUGAAUAACAUUUAUAUUUCUCAUGUGUUUUCAGUUCAAGCUUGCCUUCAUUUUCUGAUUAGCCGCUUUUAACAUUUGUAAUUUUGGAUGGGCGGAGGGUGAUGAUUAUUUUAACUUCUAUAAGAUACAGAGCAAGAAUUAAAUGUAUUGUUUUCUUUCUUUAAUGUCACAUGUUUAGCCUAUUAUUUAACAUGGAAUGAAGACUCACAGUUAGCACUAUUCUGUUCACAUGCUCACUUAAUAAUGCUAGAUUUAACGUUUAUUUAUUCUCCAAGUCUGAAAUGUUUUAUCUUGAUUUGUUCUCUUCAUAUUACUCGAAUAUAUUUGCUCAAUAUGUAUCAUUCAUAAUAAAGAAUAAGAAACCUUUCACUUUAGCAUAUUUACUUCCAGUAUAGGUCAUGCUUACUAAAGGCUUCCAGCU